AUUAGCACUGUCAGUCUCAUGUGCCGUGUAAUCUGAAAGGAAUAGUCAUGACAUGGAGAUGUUGAAAGAUUGCACAAUAUAAUAUAAUAAAAUCGGAGUAAAACAGGAGGGAAAAGCAUGCUGUCAAUAUGAAGUGGAUAAUAAUUUCGUGUAUUUUAUGUGUGUUUGGUUGUUUCAAAGAGUUUAGACCUUCGGAGUCCUUUGUCACUGAUUAUUUAACAGUCUGGAAAAAUUUUACAGACGUUCAAGUAAAUCAAGAAAUAUUUCCUGUUUCUACUUACUCCUACUUUGCAACGUUAAUUAUUGUAUUUUUGAUAACUGAUUUUGUACGAUAUAAGCCAAUCAUUGUUUUAUGUGGUUUGUCUGGAGCUAUUACAUUUCUUUUAAUAGUGUUCGGCCAAGAUGUUUUAACUAUGCAAAUUUUAGAAUUCUUCUAUGGCUUGUUCUUCUCCACAGAAGUAGCUUAUUACACAUAUAUCUAUGCUAAAGUUGACAAGAAACAUUAUCAGGAAGUAACUAGUCAUACAAGAGCAGCAUCUCUAUUUGGUCGUUGUAUGGCUGGUAUUGUUGCACAAUUAACAGUAUCUUUGGACAUAUUAAAUUACCAUCAAUUAAAUUACCUUACAAUAGGAGCCAUUACAUUUGCUACAAUAUGGGCUUGUUUUUUACCUUCAGUUGGUCAGUCCAUUUACUUUCAUAGAAAAAAUGAAAAUAAUUUCUCUACAUAUAUUGGAACAGUAGUAUUACAACAAAAUGAUUUAAAUCAAGUAUUACAUAGUCCUGAACAACCUGAGUAUUCUUCCCCUAAUAUUUCAUUGAUCCGUAAAGUUAAAGAAGCUUAUAUUUUAUUAUGGAAAGAUUUUUUACAAGCAUAUUCAAAUAAUCAUGUUAUAAAAUGGUCAAUAUGGUGGGCAUUUUCUACUUGUGGAUAUUUACAAGUUAGUAGUUACAUACAGUUAUUAUGGCAAACUGCUGUAGUACCUGGAGAUAAAAUUUACAAUGGAGCUGUAGAUGCUUCAUAUACUAUUAUAGGUACAAUUACUGUAUUCUGUAUUGGAAAACUGCCAUUUAAUUGGUCUUUAAUUGGAGAUACAAUGGUAUCAUUUAUGUCAUUUGUGGAAGGUGUUUUAUUAGUGGUAUCUUCAUAUAGUUACAGUAUUUGGUUGUUAUAUGCUGCAUAUAUAGUAUUUGGAAUUAUUCAUCAUACAAUGGUUACAGUUGCAAGUUUUGAAAUUGCAAAAUUUAUAUCGGAAGAUAGUUAUGGCUUGAUAUUUGGUGUAAAUACUUUCUUUGCACUAUUAUUACAAAGUAUAUUAACAGCCAUAGUAGUGAAUGGAAAUUUAAAAUUAGAUUUGAGAUCUCAGUAUUUUGUUUAUGGUGGUUAUUAUAUUGCCAUAUCCAUACUUUAUAUGAUAAUAGGCAUUUCAAAUAUUGUACAACAUUGCAGGAAGGGUACAGGUUUUAAAAUCCUUUUAAAACAGGAUCACAAUUGAGAAUAUAAAAGAAUUUCUAGAAUGAUUAGGUUCUAGAAAUUAAAUUAAUAUAAAUUUACUUAGAAAUAAUUGUAUUAGACAUAUAAUAAUCAAAAAUAGUUGAUCAUAUAGAUACAUUUUUAUAAUGA